AUGCGCCGCACUUCACCUACUUCCGGCGAAAAUGAGGGAGAAGAGUAUGAAAUUUCUCCAACGGAUGGUGAACUGCGUCGAAAUAAACGGAAACAACAGGAAAAUAAGCGACUCACAAAGAUCCAGAUUCUGGAGAUUCAGCAGAUGAUCGAGGCUGACCGAAGGCAACUGGAAGAAAAGAAGGACAUGGAGGUGGAAGAGAGAGACAAGAUCAGAGUGAGUUAA